CAACCCCUUUUCUUCAACAAUAAAGAGGCAAAAUACUAUAGUACUAAUAAUAAUAAUAUAGAUUUUUAAUUUAUUUUUUUUCAAAAAAGAGGAGCAAUACAUCACUCACUCUAAGAAGAUCCACCCCUUAUUCUUUUUUUCACCCAAAAAAGUGUUCUUCUACAUUUGAUUUCUCAAAUACCCAAACGCCUAUUUUGAGUUCAAUCUUACCAUUCUUGAAUAAAAAUGCUAUCUUUAUGUGUUUUGUGUUUAUGGGUAUCAAAGUCUUGAAUAAAAAUGCAAUCUUUAUGUGUUUUGUGUUUAUGGGUGUCAAAGUUUAGAAUAAAAAAACCAAUCUUUAUGUGUUUUGUGUUAAAGGGUAUCAAACUUUCCUUCUUUUCUUUGGGAUUGAUCUAAAAAAGAUUAAAUUUUUAGUUGUUUUGACUGAUGAAGAAAAUAGUGUGACUGAUUUUUGUGAGUUCUUGGCAUAUUUUUUUUUGGAUUUAUUCAAGUGUUUAGUUUAGGAUUUUAGUAAUGGAGUCAAGAAUGGAACAUUAUGAGAUCAUGGAACAGAUUGGGCGUGGAGCAUUUGGUGCUGCUAUUUUAGUUAAUCACAAGCAAGAAAGAAAGAAGUAUGUGCUCAAGAAGAUUCGAUUAGCUCGACAAACUGAACGUUGCAGGAGAUCUGCUCAUCAAGAGAUGGCACUGAUCGCUCGUCUUCAACAUCCAUAUAUUGUUGAGUUCAAGGAAGCAUGGGUAGAGAAGGGCUGCUAUGUUUGCAUUGUUACCAGCUAUUGCGAAGGUGGUGAUAUGGCUGAACUGAUGAAAAAAGCAAAUGGGCAAUAUUUUCCGGAAGAGAAACUUCUGAAGUGGUUCACUCAAAUUUUGUUGGCAGUGGAAUAUCUGCAUUCAAACUUUGUACUACACUGUGACCUUAAAUGCUCAAACAUCUUUCUGACCAAGGAACACAACGUUCGCCUUGGGGAUUUUGGCCUUGCGAAAACGCUGAAGGCUGAUGACUUGGCUUCUUCAGUAGUUGGAACUCCCAAUUACAUGUGCCCGGAACUUCUUACGGAUAUUCCAUACGGUUUUAAAUCAGAUAUUUGGUCCUUAGGCUGCUGUAUGUAUGAAAUGGCUGCUCACCGCCCUGCAUUUAAAGCAUUUGAUUUUGGGGUCAAUGCAGGGUCUAUGGCAAAGUUUAAACAAGUUCAAGAUGAAAAAUCUAUUGAAGAAUUGAGAUCCAAGGAAAAAAAAAUGACCCAAUUGCAAUUCAGAAAGUCAUCAACAAUGUGAAGGCAAGCGGCAUUAAAAUUGUUGAAGGAGGAAGUAAGAGAAAAGUCAUAAACAGUGAUUCAGAGGAGAUUGAAUUUGCUUCAUCAGAUCUGGACA